UGUGUCGGGUCAAUACCCAAUCCGGUCAAACAUUACACGCCCACUUGCAUCUGAUGCUCGGUUUCGACUUCAACACCCACUCAACGCAACUCUCUCCUCUCAAUUUUGCACGCACAACCACAACAACACUACUCUAUACGUAUAGGUAUUGCUCCACCGAUUUAUGAUUACGUGAGAUGUUGAACUCCAAGCAGAAAAGGCAGCAGCACCACCUCCUGCAUCGGCCGCGGCUUGAUCGCCGCAACGCCAUCAAGAACAUCGACUACUACGCCGGCGACGGCGGCGGCGGGAGCGGCUUCACUUCUCCGUCUUCCUCCUCCAACUCCUUCUCCGAUGAUCACUCCGUGCACAAGACGCGCUCGCUCGAUCUGCUGCCGCUCUCGGAUCGCACCAGCUUUCGGAUGGAAGGAAUCGAGGGGGAGGCCGAUCAGAUUUUCCGCUACCUCGGUCUCAACGCUGAUGAUUUGUCGAUUCCGGUGGCCGCGUGGGAGGCGAGGAAGAGUUUGUCCCCUAAGAGCGAGGUUAGGUCUGCAAGGACCGGCGAUCGAGGUCAUUCGACCGACGGUUUUGGUGGUAGGGUUAGGGUUGGUGAUGGUGAAGUGGAAGAUACAGUCGGCGUGAAUUUGGAUGAUGUUCAAGUCGGCGUUGAUGUAGUUAGUGAAAAUGAAGUCAGAAGUAAGCUGGUUGGUAGCGGUGGACAGGGAGUCAAGGGAAUUAGGCCGUCGAAAUCAGCGCCUUCAGCUGCAAUCAGAAGGUCAGUGGAUGAUACUGUUGCAGAUAGGGUGAAGUAUGGUAAUUGUGAAGCGGAGAAUGGGACUGAGCUAGUUCUGGAUUAUGAUGAAGUUAGGGCAGAUGAAACGAGUGAAAACCGAGUAUGUUUAGGGAUUAGAGGCUGCAGACCACCAACUCUGGCUCCUCCUCCAGUGGUGAUGCGAUCGGUUGUGGACCAUACGAGCUCCACUUGGGACAUAUUUAGAGGUUUUGGCCCUCAAGAUAAUCAGGAAACAGAAUCACCGGGAGAUGUGAUUAGCCAUCCGAUUCAUAGAGUUGAAGAAAGCGAGGAAGUUGGAAGGAGAGAUAUAAACAUUAGGCAAGAAGUGAGCGAGGACGCUGGAGAAAAGGAAAGGGGAAUUGGCUUGGAGUCAUGUUCAGAUUCUUCAAAUGAUGAAAGAGGUGGCAGUUCCAUCGGCUUGAUUGGCGAGAACAGUUACACUAUGUCGCCAAGUGGUUCAUUUAGGUUUACAUCCUGGCAAAAGGGCGAUUUCCUUGGUAGUGGAUCAUUUGGAACUGUGUACGAGGGGUUUACUGACGAUGGGCUCUUUUUUGCUGUGAAGGAGGUAUCUUUACUGGACCAAGGAAGCCAGGGUCAGCAAAGCAUUUUCCAGCUUGAACAGGAGAUAUCUCUUCUGAAGCAGUUUCAACAUGAGAAUAUUGUUCGCUACUUGGGCACUGACAAGGAUGAUGGAAAACUAUAUAUUUUCCUUGAGCUUGUAACAAAGGGCUCCCUUGCAAAACUCUACAACAAAUAUCAGCUUUGGGACUCUCAAGUCUCGUCAUACACAAGGCAGAUUCUAAGUGGGCUGAAUUAUCUUCACAGCCGAGAUGUCGUUCACAGGGAUAUCAAAUGUGCCAAUAUAUUGGUGGAUGUAAGUGGUUCUGUGAAACUGGCAGAUUUUGGAUUGGCAAAGGCAUCGAAACUAAAUGACAUCAAAUCUUGUAAAGGAACACCCUACUGGAUGGCCCCAGAGGUUGUGAACCGAAGGAACCAUGGAUAUGGGCGUGCUGCUGAUAUAUGGAGCCUUGGCUGCACGGUGUUGGAAAUGUUAACUGGUCAAAUUCCUUACUCUCACUUGGAAGGGAUGCAAGCAUUGUUCAGGAUCGGUAGGGGUGAACUUCCUCCUAUUCCUAACACCUUAUCAAGAGAUGCUCAGGAUUUUAUCCUCAAAUGCUUGCAAGUUAACCCAGAUAAUCGCCCAACUGCUGCUCAACUUCUAGACCAUCCAUUUGUAAAGAAGUCACCUUCAUCGUUCCCAAGUCCUGCAUCUCCACAUUAUGCCAUGAGGUCGUAGAAACCCAUCAAGAUUCUGCAUGUUGAAGAUGGUGAGGAGGAAUGUUCUUGCUUCUUUAUCCAAAGUUUUCAGUGGAGGGUCAUGCUGCAUGCUCAAAUUCACAAGAACACAGUCAUGAGGCCCGCACCAAAUGAAACUUGGAUUGGAUAAAGAUAUCCUUGGGGUGUGGUAAGGCGAUUUUAGGUUCCUUGGGGAGAUCGCGGUGAAUUUAAAAUCUGAUCUUCCAAAUUACAGUGAAGACCUUCUAUGGUUCCUGCUAGUACACCCAAAAAGGAGAAAGAAAAGAGAUUGUUUAUUGUGCCAUUCAUUCAGAUUUUUUCAUGUGCUUAUGUUUGUUUCUUCAUUUAUUGGCUUCUAUUAAGGAACAGUGGAUUGAUUAGAAAGUUCUCCUGUAGGAACAAGUGUAAAUAGUGAGUGCUUUUGUAAUUAUCUCAUCCAAUUGUAUGAAUAUUUCAUACUCCUUUGUAACUUAGUUGGCUUCAUUUUGAGUGGCUCAA